AAAAAAAAAAAUCUCAAUCUUCUCUCAUUCAAAUUACGCUUUCCCCUACAAAUACUCAAUUCCCUUCUCUUCCCAAUUCCUUCACAACAAACCCAAACAAUUCUCUUCCCAAGAUUUUGUUUUUGUGACCCUCCCCAUUUCAAUCAAUUUGGUAGAUUCCUCCGAUCAUCAGAUACAAAAAGUUUCAAUUUUUUUUUGAAACCUUUGGAUCUUUCGGAUCACUUUGGAUUUUUGUUUUUGUUUGUUCUUCCUUUUCAAAGUGAAAAGAUGAAUGCUUUAGCUGCAACGAACAGAAACUUCCGUCAUGCAUCAAGAAUCCUGGGUUUGGAUUCCAAGAUCGAGAAGAGUCUUAUGAUCCCCUUUAGAGAGAUCAAGGUGGAGUGUACGAUACCUAAAGACGAUGGAACUCUCGUUUCUUACAUCGGAUUCAGGGUUCAACAUGACAAUGCUCGUGGUCCCAUGAAAGGUGGAAUCAGAUAUCAUCCUGAGGUUGAUCCCGAUGAAGUGAACGCAUUGGCUCAGCUCAUGACUUGGAAAACUGCUGUUGCUGACAUCCCAUACGGUGGAGCUAAAGGUGGGAUCGGUUGUAGUCCUCGUGACUUGAGUUUGAGUGAGCUUGAGAGACUCACUCGUGUCUUUACCCAGAAGAUCCAUGAUCUCAUCGGUAUUCACACCGAUGUCCCUGCUCCUGACAUGGGCACUAACGCUCAAACCAUGGCUUGGAUUCUUGAUGAGUACUCCAAGUUUCAUGGUCAUUCCCCUGCUGUUGUCACUGGAAAGCCCAUUGAUCUUGGUGGUUCACUAGGUAGGGAAGCUGCCACAGGACGUGGUGUAGUCUUUGCCACCGAAGCUCUUCUUGCUGAGUACGGGAAAUCGAUUCAGGGCUUGACAUUUGUUAUUCAGGGUUUUGGGAAUGUUGGAACAUGGGCGGCGAAGCUGAUCCACGAGAAAGGCGGUAAAGUGGUUGCAGUAAGCGACAUUACUGGUGCAGUUAGGAACCCUGAAGGUAUCGACAUCAACGCUCUGCUGAAACACAAAGACGCUACUGGAAGUCUCGUUGAUUUCACUGGUGGAGACGCUAUGAGUUCAGAAGAACUGCUCAUUCAUGAGUGCGAUGUUCUCAUCCCUUGUGCUCUUGGUGGUGUCCUGAACAAGGAAAAUGCUGGUGAUGUGAAGGCAAAGUUUAUAGUAGAGGCUGCAAACCAUCCAACCGAUCCAGAGGCUGAUGAGAUUCUGUCGAAGAAAGGAGUGAUUAUACUUCCAGAUAUAUACGCAAACGCAGGAGGAGUGACCGUGAGUUACUUUGAGUGGGUGCAGAACAUUCAAGGUUUCAUGUGGGAAGAGGAGAAAGUGAACUUGGAGCUGCAAAAGUACAUGACUCGAGCGUUCCACAACAUCAAGACAAUGUGCCAUACUCAUUCCUGCAACCUCCGUAUGGGAGCUUUCACUCUUGGAGUUAACCGAGUCGCUAGAGCCACCCAAUUACGUGGUUGGGAAGCUUAAUUCAUCUGAAUCCCCCUUAUACUCUGUUUCUUUCUCUGUUUUCUCUGUUUUUUUUUUUUGUUUCAUUGUUACUGAAAUAUCAUUGAGCUUCCGAAAUGGAAAAGGAAACAAAAUGGAUUUGAAAUAAAACUAACAGAUUCGAAUAAGAGAUA